CGCCAAAAAGCCCUAGGUUCAGGCGCGAGCGAGAGCUUCUUUCCUUCUCCGAACGAACAAUGAAGUGCGUGGAAUUCGUUCUUUUUUCCACUUUCCAUUUCCCUCCACUGCUUAUAUCUUAUUCAAAUCUUCUCUUACUUGUUUAAUCAACCUUUUCAAUCGUCUUUUCUUCCAUUUUCCGCUUCUAACUUCGAUCGCCAUGUCUAAAAGGUAUAAACUAUUUUGAGGGGCUGGGUGAUCAAAUAUGUGGUUGGAAAUGUUUGGUAUUCGAGUUUUCACGAAAGCUGUUUUGUUUUGUGGUUGUUGUUGAGGCUGGACUUUGUGUUUUAUGAAGUUUUGUUAUUGUAUAUCUUGGAAUUAACACGUUCUUAGCGUCUUAAUUUACUUUGGUGGAUUGUUUAGGGUUCUAUGCAAGUAUUUUGCGCAUGGAGCAUGCUUGAAAGGGGAGUAUUGUGAGUUUUCGCAUGACUGGACGGCUCCACCUAGCAAUGUUUGCACUUACUAUCAAAAGGGAAGGUGUGCUUUUGGCAGUCGAUGCAGAUAUGACCAUGUUAAAGCUUCUCAUGCAGAGUCAUCCGCUUCUUCGAAUUCUCAGCAACCUCACAUGUCUGAAUCUGUUUCAAUAGCUCAUACUCUAUUAUCAAGUCCACUUUCUCCUUCACCUGGGUCGACAAUUGAGCUUGCUGGUUCAAAGAUAUCCUGUCUUCCCUCGCACGUUGAAUCUGCUUGGAGUGUAGAGUGUGAGCUUCCAUCUGGUCUUGAUGAUUGGGGGAGUAGGGAGACAAGGAUUAUUAGUCCAGCCGAUUUACCUAUUUGCUCUUUUUCUGCUGCUGGUACUAAUUGUCCACGUGGUGAUAAUUGCCCUCACAUUCAUGGGGACUUAUGUCCCACGUGCGGAAAACAAUGUUUACAUCCUUUUAGGACGGAUGAAAGGGAGGAGCAUAUGAAGGCAUGUGAGAAAAAGCAAAAACAUCUUGAGUCUUUGAAACAUAGCCAAGAAAUAGAGUGCAGUGUCUGCCUCGAGCGUGUUCUUUCUAAAACCGAAAUAGCCGAGAGGAAGUUUGGGCUUCUAUCAGAAUGUGAUCAUCCGUUCUGCAUUUCUUGUAUUAGAAACUGGCGUAAUAGUUCAUCUACCUCCGGAAUGGAUGUUAACAGUGCUUUAAGAGCCUGCCCAAUUUGUAGGAAGCUAUCAUACUUUGUUAUUCCAAGCGUCAUUUGGUAUUCUUCCAAGGAAGAAAAACAAGAGAUUGUUGAUAGCUACAAGUCAAAGCUGCGAUCAAUCGAUUGCAAGCACUUUAACUUUGGAAAUGGGAACUGCCCAUUUGGAUCUAGUUGUUUUUACAAGCACUUGGUCAAGCCUGGUUCAUACACAUGGAAAUAUCACAGGCCACCUCCGCACCGACCACGAUCUCAGAGAACUCCUCCUAGCAGAUCUAAUAUUGUGGAUAUGGAUGCCUUUUUUGAUAUGUUUCAAGACUUAGAGGAUUUGGAUUUUAGUGCUGAAGAUUUAGAUUUUGAAGAGCUAACACCUUUGGAGAUGGCAUUUGUUCUAAUGCAGUUGGGUUGUGAAGCCAACUUGUCAAGUGAUGAGGAGAAUUAUAGUUUUUGAACUACAUUUUUUAUAGCACGCACAUCGGGAUGGCCGGUUGGAAGAGGUAGCACUGCGUCACAUUGGGAAUCAAGACGGCCUCACUAUUAUAGCUAAAAACAUUAGGUUGUCCGACUUCCUUA